AUGGCUGCCACUGCUCUUGCUGGUGCUACUUCCUCAUCUUCACUUUCUUUCUGCAACAAAGUCCCCCACCUUCUCUCUGAUUACUGCUCUCCCGCUUCAAUCCCCAUCACUGCCUACUUGACUUCCAAAAUAAAACCCAUAAAAUCCCUUAAGCUCAGAUCGCACUAUCUGCAUACCCCUCAGCUAUUUCUCCACUUUGGCUACUCAGUUCGAGCUUCAUCCGCGUUCGACAGUGUUGACGUAGCCGCCACCGAAGAUGAAGAACCUCCAGAAUCUUCUUCAGAGACAGAACAAGGAGAAGAGGAUGAAGAAGACGGGCAAACUGCGACAGAAUCAGCUGAAGCUGGUAGGUUAUACGUGGGAAAUUUGCCGUAUGCUAUGACUUCUUCCGAAUUAAGAGAAAUCUUUGCUCAAGCCGGUAGCGUCGCCUCUGUGGAGAUUGUUUAUGAUCGAGUCACUGAUAGGAGUCGAGGAUUUGCUUUUGUAACGAUGGGUAGUGUUGAAGAAGCCCAAGAGGCAAUUCGAAUGUUCGAUGAAUCUCAAGUUGGAGGCCGUACAGUGAAGGUAAACUUCCCUGAAGUGCCAAGGGGAGGGCUUAGGGAAGCUUUCGGGGACCAGCCUGGUCUGUUAAGUGCCAAGGUCAUCUACGACAGGGACUCUGGACGAUCUCGAGGAGGUGGAAGGGCGACCUUUGCGAUUAAACAUGGCCGAACAAAGAGCUCCGACAACUCCACCAACACAAGCAGGGGAUUCAGAAAACAGUUUUGA